AUGCGAAUCGUAAUUCAACGGGAAAUUGAACAAGGACAUACACCAGAAAAUGAAGUUCAAAUUUAUACUUGGAUGAAUGCAACAUUAGGAGAAUUAACGCAAUUAAUCAAAGAAGUUAAUCCAGAUACACGUCGUCGCGGCACAAUUUUCUUUUUCAAUUUUGCAUCCCAUGAGACGUAUGGGAUGGGAUGGGAUUGUCCCAUCCCACGCGGAGCUCUGGUUGCUAUACUUCAAAAGAGACAAGAACAAGCGGUAUCAAAUCCACGACGUGAUCGACUACCUCAACAAUCAUCUGAAGAUAAUAAUAAACGACGUAGUGGUCCGGCUAAUGAAAAAAAUGGUGGCGGACCUGUUCGAUCAGCUCAAAAAAAGUGA